AUGGUCGUUGAGUUCUACUGUGCCAUGGGAGAACUUAGCGCUGAUGCUUUGUCCUACACCCUAUCGGUCCGGGGAGUGAGUAUUAAUUUCUCUCCUAGCAUUAUUGCUAACUUCCUUAACAUCCCGCGCGUGGCCGACGCAUAUCAUGCAGUGGCUACACGGGGAUCAGCGGCUGCACCAUAUGAUUCCGACUCACCGGCCGCAUCCUCCACGUUAGCCCCGAAUGUAGACUCGGAUACUAGUUCGGAUGGUAGUGAGGAUGAGAAUCUACCUGAUGAUGGUCUCACAGACGGUCAGAUGCGUCAGCUUGUGCGAGACCUAUUGGCUCCUCCAUAUGAUGGGAGCAAGUGUCGGCCACUGAGCGGAGGUCGCCACAGAUGUGGCCCCUUAACAACAUCACAUUCAACAAGAGCAAGAGUGUCUAAUUCUAAGCUCAAGUUGGAGACAUAUAAGCGUUACUGCUUGACAGAUAUGGAUGAGGAGGAUAAGGCAAAGAUCAUUAGAACUAAAUUACGUGGCAUCGAGUCUUGGAUAAGCACAAUCGGACUCUCUUACCAGUUAAAACACAUAAUCAAGAGCUAUGUGACACCAUUAAUACUCGAAGAUCAAAAGAAAGAUAUUGAUACAGAGAAUCCAUUCCCUCAUCUUCCCACACCACUUGGAAGAUUGAUUAAGCAGCAUCUCUGCUUGCCCCUGCUAAGGACAGUGCCAAUAUUUGAAAAUGAAAGUGAAGAAUUGUUGUAUGAGAUCACUUGCUUUAGUAGUUAUGAUUCGACGUUGGAAUUCUCGAGGAAGCGGGCGAGUAAGUGGGAUGUGGCGUUUUUAGUGGUGUGUGUAGUUGCAGUAGCAGUGGACCCUUUGUUCUUUUAUCUUCCUGUCAUCAACGAGUCUACCAAAUGCAUUACUAUAGAUAAGACUUUGGAAAUCAUUGCUAUUUGUGUGCGAUCGUUCCUGGAUUUGGUUGCUUUAGGGGAUUUGGUUGCUCGGUCAAUAGCGAGCAGUGUCGAUGACUGUUACUCGAGGUCAGACUACGUAAUUAACAUUCUCAGCAUUCUUCCAGUCCCUCAGGUUCUAGUGCCAAUUAUAUUUUCUGAAAUGAUCAAAGGUUUGAGAUUCCGGCACGGCAGGAAAUUCCUAAAUGCAGUUGUUCUUUUGCAAUAUGUGCCAAGAAUUUUCCGAAUCUACAGAUUGUGGAAAAUAGUCAACCAGACUAUCAUCCUACCUAAAAGUAUCCCACCAACUGCAACUACUCGGGUUAACGUCGUGAAUGCAGAAAGCAAUAAGUAUCAUGUCAUCCCACCCAAAGGUUUUAUAGUGAUGAAAGCUGGAUUCAAUCUCUUUCUGUAUCUCGUUGCCAGUCAUGUGCUGGGUGCUUUUUGGUACUUCUACUCCAUCGAACGAGAGACCACGUGCUGGCACGUGGCCUGUGAACGGCAUCAGACAGAUAUUGGAUGUAGCGAGACUUCUUUCAACUGUCAUGCUGGUUUUGGAAAUCACACGAUUUUAAAUGAUUAUUGCUCUUUAGAAAAAAAUACAAAUACAACUCUCAGCUUUGAUUUUGGAAUAUUCCAAGAAGCCCGUCAAUCUGGUAUACUGGCGUCCAUGGAUUUUCCGCAAAAGGCCAUGUUCUGUUUCUGGUGGGGACUGCGAAAUUUGAGUUCAUUUGGUCAAAACCUUGAAACAAGUCCUUAUUAUUGGGAAAACUGCUUCACAGUUCUAAUCUCGAUCUUUGGCUUGAUUCUGUUUUUAUACUUCAUCGGAAAUUUGCAGGUGUAUAUGCAGUGGGAGGUAUCUAACGAGCUAGAGGAGAUUUAUAAGCGGUCAAAAUUUAAGCAGCAUAAUAAGAUCAUGAGAACAAAAUUACGUAGCAUUGAAUGUUGGAUAAGCACAAUUGGACUCCCUGACCAGUUAAAACAGAUGAUCAUGACCUAUGUGACACCAAUACUAGAAGAUCAAAACAAACAUAUUGAUACAGAAAACCCAUUCCCUCAUCUUCCCACAGCACUCGGAAGAUUGAUAAAGCUCCAUCUCUGCUUGCCCCUGCUAAGGAGAGUACCCAUAUUAAAAAAUGAAAGUGAAGAAUUGUUGUUUGAGAUCACCUGUAAGUUUCUCAAGCAUGUGCACUACAAUCAAAGCAGCUACAUUGUUCGAGAGGGAGAACCAUUGGAUGCACUGAUCUUCGUGGUAAAAGGAAUUGCGUGGACGUAUACAAGUAAUCAUGGCAACAAAACUGAGUGUGUUGAGACAGGUGACCACUUUGGAAGACGUCUUGUAAAGUGGGUGCUGGAAUCCCCAACACUAUCCGACCUUCCCUUAUCGACAAGGACUCUCAAAUGUCAUACAAAAGUUGAAGGGUUUUAUCUUAUGGCUACCGACCUCAAGGAUAUGUUGUCUCAAUGCUGGUGGAAAUUUAGCAAGUUUAGACACAUCGUCGAAUCUGACUCUGAACAGCUCAAACAUUUUGCAGCCUCAUCCAUCCAAGCAGCAUGGCGCCGCCACACCAUCCAUCCUCAUAAAGUACGUACUUGAAUGAGGCUACCAAGUCUGCCCAUGCUGUUGGCUAAGGCUACUGUCACCAACAGCUCCCCAAGUUUACAUAACUGUACCACUUAAUAAUUAAUUUAGUGUAAUCAAAUGCUCUUGCUCUUUGUCCAAAUAUAAUAAAUAGAUUGUUUAAGAGGACUUGUAUUAUGUUGUGGAUUAAAUGUUGCACUUGUUUUUUUUAUGUCAUUA